AUGACGAUAAUCAUCCCAUUUCUUCUUCUCUCAAUCCUACCUUUGGUCAAGUGCUUGGAGGAGGGAACAGUGGAGUUGGCUUUUAUGGGUUUCCAGCAUAAGUUCGGUAAGAAUUACGAGUCCAAGGAGGAAGAAGUCAAGAGGAAUGCCAUCUUUCGAGCCCACCUCCAUUACAUCGAGCAAGUCAACGCUAAAAAUCUGUCUUACAAGCUGGGCGUCAAUGAGCAUGCGGACCUCACACACGAGGAGUUCGCCGCCCUGAAGCUCGGCACAAGCUCAAAGAUGAGUAUGAAGAGGGAUGAUAACCUCUUUGUGUCAGCUGAUACCACACAGCUACUAACCUCAGUGGAUUGGAGAAGUAAGGGUGUAUUAACCCCGAUUAAGGAUCAAGGGCCCUGUGGAAGCUGCUGGGCUUUCUCCGCGACUGGUGCUCUUGAGGCGCAGUAUGCCAUCGCUACGGGUAAGCUCUUGUCACUCUCCGAGCAGCAGCUUAUCGAUUGUAGUUCCAGCUAUGGGAAUGAGGGUUGUAGCGGAGGACUCAUGGAGAAUGCUUAUACAUACAUAAAGUCAGCUGGCCUCGAUCAAGAGUCAACCUAUCCUUAUAUUGCUAAAAACAACGCCUGUCAAGUCCCUCUUGAGAAACGGUCUGACGGCAUCCCGGU